AUGUCUGGUCCAAACGGCCGCCCCUCCAUCGUGGGCCAGAAUACAGGCCCCGAGGCACCAUACCCCUUGACCAUGGAGGGCAAAGUUAUAUCUGGCUUUGGCCGUGGAUCAAAAGAGCUUGGCAUCCCGACAGCCAACCUGCCCGUCGAUGAGAAAGCCACCCCCUGGAUCGCAGACGCCAAGUCGGGUGUCUACUUUGGCUACGCCUCGCUGCUCACCCCAGCGGCCACCGACUUUAAAGUCUACCCCAUGGUCAUGUCCAUCGGCUACAAUCCCUUCUACAAGAACACCGUGCGCUCGGCCGAGGUGCACAUCCUGCACUCGUUCGAACAGGACUUUUACGACGCGCAUAUGCGCUUGCUCAUCACGGGCUUCAUUCGCGAGGAGAAGGACUACAAGAGCCUCGAGGCCUUGGUCGAGGACAUCAACUUUGACUGCACAGUGACGAAGAACUCCCUGGAUAGGCAGGGCUGGCGCCCAAAGGGUGUGGAGGUUGUGGAUGGAAAGGGAGCUGACGGGGAUCUAGACGUUGCGUGGCUCGUUAAGCCGUUAUAG